AAAACAUUUAUGCUUUUUUUUCUUCAAAGGAUAAGAACUUAAAUUUGCUUCAGACUUAGAAGAAACAGGAAAGCUUGGAAAGCUGAAACUUCAAGGGUUAACCAUUCAAAACUUUAUCUUCAUGGACAAUGGUCAAGGAUAUAAAAAAGUCCUCAAGAUUCAUGCAGAAAACAUUUUCUGUUAAUUAUUAUAGAUGUGAUAAGGGGCAGGAACGCAUUUAUUGAUGAGCAGAAAUAAAACACUGUUCUAGAAUAGCUCUGGAUGUUCAUUGGAGUGCACCCUGACUGGAAAUCAUUGUAGGACUCCAAAGCUCUUCAAAACGUCCAAAAAGCAAUAGUUGCAGCUCAGAAGUACUCGGCCUUUCUUGAGAGCUGCUGACACGUGCUACCAUGAUACCACCAAAGUACAGACAGCUGACUGUGUCUCGGCCAGUCUAUUCUGAAGACCUGUUUAAAGAGGAGUAUGAGAAAGUGCAACGACACCAUAAAACUAUGCUGGAUCAUUUGAAGGCUUACUUCAGCUGCUCUAAACAAAAAGCAAAAUCAGUGGCUUUCACUCUGUUGCCCAUAGCCUCUUGGCUUCCAGCCUAUCGCUUCAAAGAAUGGAUUGUCCAAGAUAUGAUAUCAGGUGUCAGUACCGGACUGGUGUCAGUUCUGCAAGGCCUUGGCUUUGCUCUGCUAGCCUCUGUUCCUGCAGGAUAUGGUCUGUAUGCAGCUUUUUAUCCAAUUCUGAUAUACUUCUUCUUUGGAACAUCUAAACAUAUAUCUGUUGGUCCAUUUCCAGUUCUAAGUUUGAUGGUAGGCGCUGUGGUAAACAACCUUGUCCCUAUGAGUAUAAAUGCAACAGAUGUGACUUUGAAUGAGAGACGAGUAACAGUAGCUUCAUCGGUAACUUUCCUAGUGGGGAUUUUUCAGCUGGGUCUAGGGAUUCUCCAGGUCGGUUUUAUUGUGAUCUACCUUUCUCAGACACUUGUGUCUGGGUUCACAUGUGCAGCUGCAGUCAAUGUCCUAAUUUCACAGCUGAAGUUUAUUUUUGGAAUAAGUAUAGAUAGUCCAUCUGGACCUUUAUCAAACAUUUGGGUUCUGAGAGAUAUUUUCACCCAAAUUCACAAAACAAACAUAGCAGAUCUUGUUACGUCCAUCAUUAUCAUGAUUGUUGUAUUUGUUGUGAAGGAACUCAAUGAUCGUUACAAAGCUAAGCUGCCAGUUCCUAUACCGAUUGAAGUGAUAAUGACCAUAAUAGCCUGUGGUGUGUCAUACGCAUGUGACUUUGAAAAAGUUUAUGAAGUUGACGUUGUUGGAACAGUAGUAGAAGGAUAUCAAGCACCAGUUGCACCUGAUUUUGAGAUUUUGAAGAAUUCUGUGAUGGAUGCAUUCUCCAUGGCUAUUGUUGGUUUUGCUAUUGCAUUUUCUGUAGCAAAAGUUUACUCUAUUAAACAUGAUUAUGUCAUAGAUGGCAAUCAGGAAUUAAUAGCCUUUGGACUUAGCAACAUGUUUUGUGGUUCUUUCAAAGGCUUUGCUGCAAGUACAUCACUCUCAAGAAGUGCUGUGCAGGAGAGUACAGGAGGUAAAACACAGAUUGCAGGACUGAUUUCUGCAUUAAUGUCAAUGAUUGUCAUAUUAUGGAUUGGAUUUCUUCUGUAUCCACUGCAAAAGUCUGUUCUGGCUUCAUUGAUUGUCAUUAAUUUGAAGGGAAUGUUAAUGCAAUUGAGGGAGGUCCCCUAUCUAUAUCGGAAAGACAAACCUGACUGUGUGGUCUGGAUUGUCUCUUUUAUUGCUUCAGUCCUCCUUGGUCUUGAUAUUGGGUUGGCAGUGGCACUAGGAAUUGAACUCCUCACAGUUUUAUUUCGAACACAGUACCCAAGGUGUGAAGUUCUGGCUAAUAUUGAGGGAACUGAAAUUUACAAAGACAAGAAAGACUAUGUUGGUAUUUCUGAGCAAGAAGGAGUAAAGAUUUUUAGAUGUCCUUCACCAAUUUUCUUUGCUAAUAUUGACUUCUUCAGGGAAAAGUUAACAGCAGCAGUUGGCUUUAAUCCACUAAGAAUCCUACGUAAGCGUAAUAAGGCUUUAAGAAAACUGAAGAAGCUUUUGAAGAAGGGGGAGCUUCAGGUCACAUCUAGAGGAUUAGUACUAGCAAAUGCUGCUGCCCUUAGUGAGUCUGAAGAUGACCUAAACCCCGAAGAGCUGGACAAACCUGUAAACUGCAAAGAUUUUCCUGUUGAAAUAAACUGGAACGAUGAUUUACCAGCUAACAUUCAAGUUCCCAGGAUCUAUUUGCACAGCAUUGUUCUUGAUUUUUCAUCAGUAUCAUUUCUGGACAUUUCAGCCCUGAAGGGUCUCAAAGCGCUGUUUAAAGAAUUCAUCAGGAUUGAUGUCAAUAUUUAUGUUACUGGAUGUGACAGUUAUAUUAUUGAAAAGCUGGAGAAAUGCUCAUUUUUUGACAAUGAAAUCAAGAGCUCCAUCUUCUUUCUGACUAUUCAUGAUGCCAUGUUGCACAUCCAAGAGACACACCCUCAGACCUCACGGGUUUGUUGGCAGUCAAAGGUAGCAGAUAACUGUGUGCAGUACAAUGAGAUCAGUUUGCAUAUGAGAAACCGAGAGAAUGUGAGUUCAAAUCCCGAGACCAAAUUCUGAAUAUGUCUGAAGAAGGUUUCUUCCUACUACAUAAUGGAUUCCUAACUUUCGUAGACCACAUCAUGCAAAACUGUUAUUUCCUAUCAUGACUAAAACUAUUUGAUGUACUGCAUGAAGAAAUAUACAAAAAAAGAGUAAAUCCAUAGAGUGCAGAUAGAAAAAAGUAAAGUUCUAUCUGUGGAAAUCUCUUGCUGAUUCCCAAUUUGAUUGGGAAACUUUACUAGUUCUCUACUGAGAAAAAAGACUUAAGGUUCAGAGGUCAUUACCAAUAUACUAUACAUGUUGCAUAUUACUUUUCUUCUGCAUUGAAGGUGUACUGUCAUUGAGGAACACUUAUUGAUUAGGCAUGUGAAAUGGCAGUUUUCACCAAAUUCAUUGGUGUAGAAUUUCUUGUGUCAAAUGCACAUACACUAUUUGCUUAUCAUAGUGGCUCAAAGUUAAAGCCUUUAAUGUUGUUUUUUUAUUGUCUUUUGUAAAAUGUAGCUUUAACAUUGUAUGUUUUGAAUAAUGAUGUUAUGCAAUUUUAUAAUGCUUUAAAAUGCACUCCAUUGUUUUACUUGACCGCAAUUGACCGAAGUGUCCUUACAAUUAAAGAAAUAUAUUCUCUUGUAUCAUAUUGUAAAUCUAUGAAUUAAAUUACAUUUUUUAACUAUAUAAAAUCUUAUAUUACUGUAU